AUGGCCGAAUCAGGUGUUGUUGUUGUUGUUAUUGUUAUUGUUGUUACACGGAUCAGGUGUGCUAUCCUGUCCGCCGCCGGCCCUCGAGGGUUCGUGGAGCGCCAGCCGUGCCCACGGGCCGGGGACUCACCGCGCUCUGUUUCCUUUUUCCAGGAGACGCUGGCAUCACCACACCCACAGGCGCUUUCCUCCGUGGUCCUUUCGCGGCUGAUCGAGGAGAACGACCCCCGGGACUCGGGGCGGCCGCUGCCCCUGCCUUGCGCGCUGGCGCAGCCUCGGGCCUGCCCGGCGGGGCCCGCCUUCCGCAGGGCCUUCGCCGACCCGGGGGGCGGCUCCCCGUCGGGCCAGGCCCCGCUGGUGUUCAGCUCCUGUGUCCACCUGCGCGUGUCCCGGCCGUGUCCCCGGGCCAUCUACUACCUGGACAAGACCCUGUGGGUGCCCGCGGAGCCGGCCCCGGGGCCCCGCGCCGGGACGCACCGGUCGGUGCUGUCGCUCAGCCUCGACUGCAGUUCCCACACGCCGACGGCAGAUGGAGUCGACGGCACGGCGAACGGAGAGCCAAGGGGCGGAGGCCUGGAGCCGGGACCCGGCCGGCCACCCCUGCACCUCCCCGGCCCAGCCUGGCUUCCGCCCUGGGGCCCCGCGCCGCCGCCCGACGGCCGGCCAAAGGAGAAGCCGGGCCCGGGCCCGGAGCGGGUGUGCCUGGGCACCGGGGGAUUCGCCGACGCGGGCACUCCGCAGCUGGCCGUCAAGAAGAGGAGAGGAGAGCACGCCGGCGGGCCUGGCGGCCAGCUGUCCAUCCGCAUUCCCGGCUGGAGCUGCAGGGCAGUAGAAACAAAAGUAUUUUCUGGAAGCAGCAAGGAACAGCAAGGACAAUCCCGUGUGACACUGUCAGCUCCCUCAGUGGAACACAAGCCUUUUAAACACUCUCCUCCCGAUGGGGACAGUUCACCAAGCGACGAUGGUCAGUCUAGCGACCUUUCUGAGCCCACAGAGAGGCAAUCUCCGAGAUUCCUGAUACCCAAAGCCCCUUUGCCUGGGUUUCUCUGUCCCUUCCGAGACUCAUGCUCCUCUCCACAAGAAGACAGUGGUGUUCAGAUAGGAAGAGAAUUCCCCAAAGGAGAUUAUACAUGCUGUGACUUAGUUGUAAGAAUAAAAGAAUGUGAGAAAGAGGACCGGGGCACACCAGAGUCCUCAUCUGCACCCCUCUCGCCAGUACAACCCGCUAGACCACAGACGCCCGACCUGUUGGAAGAUGGCUCUGAGCCUCAACAGACACCCACAAGCCCCAUGACCUUGCAGGAAGCACUGGAGGUCCAUAAACCUCAGUUCAUCUCUCGCUCACAAGAGCGGCUCAAGAAGCUAGAACACAUGGUCCAGCAGAGAAAAGCCCAGCAGAAGGAGAAGCUGGGGCAGAAACAGAGCUCCUCUCCCAUCCGUGCCAGCAAAAAGCAGUUCACCAUUCCUCAUCCGCUUAGUGAUAACUUGUUCAAACCCAAAGAAAGGUGUAUUUCCGAGAAGGAGAUGCAUAUGCGCUCUAAGAGAAUCUAUAAUAACUUGCCAGAAGUGAAAAAGAAAAAAGAAGAACAGAAGAAAAGGGUGAUCUUACAGAGUAACAGACUCCGCGCUGAAGUCUUCAAAAAGCAAUUACUGGACCAGCUCCUUCAGAGAAACGCAGUGUGACCCCAGGCUGCCCUGACACCCGCGUGCCCACAGCCGUGAAGACUUCAAGAUGGAUAAGCCAUUAAACUUAGCUGUGUCUUCAAGACAUGACAACUUUUGAUUUUUUUUUCUACAGGAAGUAUCCCUUCCUGAAUGACCCAAACAAACCCGAAACAAUAAUUGACCAUGAAGUAAGUCAAUCUGUUGCAGGGAAAUCAACCCUAAAUAACCCACUAGGCUUCCUUCCCUUCAUUGAUGGAAUUUUGGACUUUCCCUUGUGCUUCUGAUAUUUCACCGCAGCAGAAAGCCACUUAGUGUGCUUAGAUUCUGGAGGAGGGGGAGGGAGUGCUUUUUUUAAUCGUAUUUUUGAUCCAGAGUCCUUGUUUUUGUUGUUCAAAUUCUGCAACUUCAAAACCUGAGAAAUCACCUCAAACUUGAACCACCUCAUCCUAGAGGCUGAUUGUUUUUAAAUAAGAAGGCAACAUGCCAAAGACUAAAGAGCAAGUAGACUGGUUUAUUUUCAUGACCCAGAAUGGUCAGACCAGGGAGCUGUCAGCAGUCGCGUCCAUUACCCAACCACAGCACCUCCCUUUGCUCAACUCAAGAGUCGCCAUCAGCGGGCCGAAGGCAGAGCUGACUGAAUGUGUGGGGACUUCAGUGCUUGCUGCAUCGCCCCCCUCCC